UGUCUCGGCGGAGCUGCUAUAGUCUGAGGUAGGAGUUCGUGGCUCUAUGUUUCAGGAAAUCUUCCCCCACCCAGGAGACCGUAACUUAUGGACAGACAUUCACAUCUGGACUGCUGUAGUUGUGGGCUUCUGCCCACAAUGUUGGAGUCUGACGAUUCAGAUAUUGAGGACGGUCCUGAUGUGGUCCGACACAAGACCAAAAUUAUUUACCAGAACACCUUUCCAUACAUUCACAUGGAACCACCUGACGUCCUGUAUGAGCGUUGGGCUAGAAUAAAGCUGGAGGUGAGGGAGGCUGUUGGACACAUGAUGCACAUCUCUGUGUUCUGGUGGCACAUUCUGUUCCGGCAGCAAGACAAUCACGACACCACUGCCUGGGCGGUGGACAUGGGCUUCCUGGACUCCAAUGUUUCAAACGAUUUGAAUUUGAAAAGGCUACACAGAAUUGAACUCCUGGAGCUCAUCCUGAAUACAGUAGAGAGAUGUCUGGCAGACACAGAUCCUGAAAGAAAAGCACGGGAGUUGGUACUAUUAAGCACAUCUUUUAAACUGCAAGAAGAGUGUCUUGUAAAGGCAGUGAGCUGGCUUGAGGAGUUUGGACCAACAGGCCUAAGCAGGAGGCUGCUGGACCUUGGCUCAAAGCACAUUCGCUACCAAAUACUUCAGUUUAUUUUCAUUGAGUAUGCUCGUUACAUUCAGGUGAUGUCAUGCAGCAAAAAGAAGAUGAUCAGGGAACUGUCAGUAGAUCCUGAUCAGUGGAAUUUACAGAAAAGUGAAGAAAUGAAGAACAAAGGGAAUGAACAGUUCCAGAAGAAAAAGUAUGAUAUGGCUGUGAAGUGGUACACAAAAGCCAUUAAAUACCAUACCAACAACCAUCUGCUGUAUGGAAACAGAGCACUUUGCUUUAUACGAUGUGAAAAAUACCUGAAAGCCAUGGGUGAUGGCAAACGAGCUAUUAUUCUGCAAAAAAACUGGGCAAAGGGUCACUAUCGCUUCUGCGAUGCUUUGUUCUUUCUGGGAGCUAAAGAUAAAGCAGUGGAAGCCAAUGUUUUAGCUCAGCAGCUGUGCGGUGCUGAUCCGGAAGGAAUGAGAGAUCUUCAACAGCAGUACUUUCGCUUCUUGAAUGAGCCUUAUGAGGAAAAAGAUGAAGUAAAACCAAGGAAACCGGAGUCAAAGAAAGCACCUGGUAAAAGGUUUGAAGCAGCAUGUGGCAUGGAGCCCUCAACUGAACAUCUAAAUUCUCACAGAGAGCCUGAGCUUGUCUCCUGUACUAAAGAGAAUGAGCAGAAAGCAGAAGACAGAAGGGAGGAGGAAGACCCUCCAGGUAAAUCCAGAAGCGGACCGCACGCAGAGGAGAGCUCCAGAGCCUCCCGGGACGCUAAAAGUGAAAUGCCAGACAGAAAGACCAAGAAAGUCCCGCCAGGCACUCCGGAAAAAACAACUCUAAGGAGUAAACACUCAUCUGCACCAGAAAAGCCUCAGCCCAGCAACAGUGGUGCAGGCAGCAAAGAGCAGUUUUGCGCUGCAGUGCAGGAUGCUCAUACGGCGCUCACUGACCAGCGCUGUCGCAACGCGGAGCAAGCCUUUUCCCUGGCCCUCAACAUUCUGGAAUCUAGUGGGAUUGAGGCUCUUGGCAUCACUACACUGGACAGAUCCUUGCUUAUCUAUGGCUGUGCAACAGCAUUGGUUGAAAUCGGCCAACCUGAGGACCUGGCAAAAGCUCGGAGGCAGUUUAAGGAAUUAAGCUCGCUAGAGGACCGGAAAUUUCAAUCAUUGGUUCACUAUGGAAAUGGAAAUCUUUAUCUAAAAGAGAACAGGUUUUCUGAAGCUUUAGAAGAAUUUUGUGAUGCUCUUUUAAUGGUGCAGAGGAAGAUCACACCUGGAAAACUCACCUGGCCCACUACUAAAGUAACAAUUGAAGAGACCAGACCUGAGUAUUUAGAGGAGCAGCUUCAGACCUCUAUUGAGCUCUGCAAAUUUCCACCCAAGCCAGAUGCAAUGUGUCGAUAUGAUAACUGUCGAUCCAAGAAGGUGUACUUCACAGACCCAGACUUUAAGGGUUUCAUUCGAAUUACAUGCUGUCAGAGCUGCAACGUGGAGUAUCAUAUCAACUGCUGGAAAAAACUCAAAUCUGCAUCAUUUGCUGAUAAAAAUGAUAAGGACUUUCUUCAGGAUUUUUGUUUUACUCCAGACUGUACUGGUAGAAUCUGUCACUUUGUAAUAUUUGGCUCAACUGGACUUAUUAAGUGUAAGUUUGAAUCAUCUGUUCCUAAAAGCAAAGCACCUGGGAGAUUGAGAGUUAAGCAGAAAUGUACAAGUCUAAAGAAGUUGAAAUCUAAAGAGGAUCGAAAGCUGAAAAGGAAACAGCAGAGAGCGGCUGCGGCUGUCGCCAACAGUGAGGCAAACAUCUUAACCAGAGAAGAGGGAAGAGACCACCAAAGAGAAGAACAGACAGCAUCAACCAAGGAGGAUUACACUAAAUAUGGAGACCGUGUUUUACAACAAAUUUAUGAAAGGAGAGAACAUUUUAAUGAUGAAAUACACAAUAUUUCUACCAUGUUAACGUGUCUGAGAUCAUGGAUGGAGCUGGAUGAAGCUAAUGGACAUGUAAGCAUGUUAAAGGAUUGUGCAGAGCCUCACGUUUUGAGUGACCUUGUCGACCUGCUACUGAAGAGGAGCAACCGCGUCUGGGCUCGACUUUUUGUUCAUAAACUCAGUGGCUGCAGUAACCUCAAACCAAAACUUCACGACUGGGCUCUGCAGCUUGACAGAGCUGGUUUUGUUGCUGCUCAGAACUUUAUUGAUCGGUACGGUAAUCGUCUGGAGGACUUGGAUCUAUCACCGCUUUUGGAAUUUCACCCACUAAAAGAGGUCCUGAUCGAAAAGUUUGGGACUAUGCCGGACUUAUUUGACAUCUCAGGUGUUACUGUAAUGGAUUACCUCAGACAAGCUCCACCACAAGAAAUGCGUCUGUUCAUCUGGGCUCUAGAAGAGCACAGAGAGCGAUACCCCACUUGCUGUACUAUCCUUGAUGAAUAUUUUGAAACAGAUGGAAUAUGUUUAGUGAUUAGGAAAACUGAGAAUGACGAACACUUAAGUUCGGGUUGUAAAGGUAAAAGCAAAAAUCGAAAAAAGAAGCAGAAAGAACCAAAGCCUGUUCUUGUUCUGUCGGGGAUGAGAAGUGGAGCCCUGAGAGAUGAAGACGAUGAGGAUAUUUUCUCUGAGGAAGAUUCACUGUUUUUGCUUGAUGCCACCGAUCCAUUUAGCGUUCCAGAUCGCUUGAGGGAACGAGUUGCAGAGUUUGAGGGUCACUAUACAGGGCGCUUAAAUCAAAAUAAGAGAGUCUUGGACAACAACCCAGAUCCGACAAAAGAAAGUUUAUAUGAUUAUUUUGCUCAGAUUCUGGAGCAGUAUGGUCCUCUGGAGGUGUCCAACCCACUGCUGGUGGGUGAACUGGAGAACUUUCCGCUUGAAGCUCAGCAGAAGAUUGAGGGGGCUGGAGGACUUGAAGCUUUUCUACUCGAGUCUCUUCGGUUUGUGAUGAAUGAAAACCGUAUCGGACUGACUAGGCAUGCGGUCACCCUGCAGAACAGUAUGGCUGACGAUGCCAGUGCUUUCCCUGACUGUGUUCCUCAUACUUUCGGCACUGAGACUUUGGAGUUUAGAGGAUCCUACUAUCUCGAUCCCACAGCAAGAGAGUUUCUUCCACAGUAUGAGCAUUUCAGUGACCGUAACGCGUCUUGUGACAUUCCCGGUAUUUUGAGUGAUGAAGACAGCUCUGCAUCAGGACUGUGUGAACCCACGCUGCCUGAUCCAUAUGUUUUGGAAUCUCAGCAGGCUCGUAAUGGUGAUUGCAUGUUUGUACCAGAAGAUACAAGCAUGUUCGCUGCUUUUUCAUCUGGUUUAACAGUUCCGGAGUGUUCGGGGUACGUCCAUGGCUCAGAACUGAACUUCUAUAACUCUGCCUACCCCCCUGAAAUGAACAGUAUUAAUGCAUGCAGUGAGAAAGGAGGAGGACAGCCAUGUUCAGAGAUUAUUCGUAACGAAGCUAAAAAAUCUGAAAAUAAAACAAUUUCUGUGCAGACGUUUGGUUAUAACAAAGACACCAAAGAUGAUGUGGCCGUUAAUACAGAACCGUGUGCGUUGUUGGAAAGGAAUAAGGGUGAUAUGAUCCUGAAAGAGAAAAACAACAUAAAACUUGAAAAGUGCAUCCAAAAUGCGAAGGACACACGUUCGUCUCGCCAGAUAACAAGAAAGGAAGAACUUUCUGUACUGGAGGCCCAAGUGAAGGAAGCCCAACAGAAAAUAGAGAUUACCAACAAAGAGCUCAGCUUAUUCCAACAAAAGCUUGAGGAGGAGAUCCGAAAAGAUCAGCAGGAGAAAAAACACAACCAAGAGACCCUUAAAACCUUGAAGGGGGAGAUCAAAGAGUUGUUAGAUUUGCAGGAGAGUUACACUAAGCAAAUCCAGGAUAAGAAUGAGGAGUAUCAAACCGCGCUGAAUCAGUUCUGUGCAAUAAGUAAUCAGUCUGCUGCUGAGAAGAUGAGUUUGGAGGAGGAGAUCAAGAGACGCAGAGAUGUGUGCGCCAAAGCAUCUAAUCGAUCAGUGGCAGCACAGCUGUCCGUCCUGCAAAACAAGCGGGAGAAUGGUUUGCGCAAGUUAAAGAAGUGCGUGGGAGACGGGAAAGCCAUUCUACAGAACAUGACAGAACUGUCAUCCAGAUAUCCAUCUGGAAGCCUCUUCUCCACAAUCGAAGCCUGGAAAUCAUGUGUGCUGGAAGCUGAAGAAAAGAUCAGAAGGACAAGGGCACAAUAUGAAGAACAAAUUGAGCUACUGAAGAAGGGUACCAAACUGUGCUCGCUUCCUCCAGUCUCAGUACCCAACGCUCCUGCUCCUCCUCCUUUACCGAUAAGACGUGGCGAGAAUGGUUCUAUCGUGGUUUUGCCUGCACCAGGGGUUGAGGUGUCCCUGGAGUUACAGCUUCCAUUCCUGCGCCCUCCUCCAGGGUUCAGCCCCUGGUUUCUGCCCCCUCUUCCCAUCUUUAGGCCAGCCUUGCCGUACGUAGCGCAGGGACAGUCAGUAGCAGCACAGAUGCAGGAAGGCAGAGUGAGUCAAGAGCAGGCUUUCUUAAACACACCAUCCAAUCAGCAGCAAGUUCCACAGCAGUUUCCUGUGGGGCACAGGCAGCCACAUGCACCAUACAGUGUGAAUCAACAUCCUGUGAGACCCCAAAUGCACUCAGCAGUGUACGUACCCCUGGCUCCACCUGCAGAGAGAAUUGUGCGCACACAGCCAGCACCCAGCGUUCCUGCCACUCGUGUGGAGGCUCCUCAGAAACCGGCUGCUCCUGCGCCAGCUCCUGCUCAAGCUUCUGCUCCAGCCCCAGUCCAGCAACACCUCAGUGUGUUUGAGAAGAUCAUAGACCACCUGAGCUUGAUGUUUCCUCACUAUUCCAGGGCGGUCCUAAGCAAGUUUAUUCAGGAGGUCCGCAAUGCUAGUGGGAGCCUGAACCAGCUGACAUAUGAGGAAGUGAUCAACAGAGUCACACAACUCAUCCUUGACCAUCAGGACGAGUCACGAGAGCAGAUUAGUUUGGUGAGAAGGGCUGGUGUGAGGGAGAAUGUAGUUCCCAGUCCAACUCCCAGCGGAGACUCGAGCAGAGCUACUCCCACUCCACCCCCUGCACAUGUCUGGAAGAGUGUGUCUUCUCAUCAGCGCGGCACCUCCAAAGCUCUGAAUAUGGAAGAUCCCUGUAUUAUCUGUCAUGAGGAUAUGGCAACUGAAGAUCUGUGUGUGCUGGAGUGUCGCCAUAGCUUCCACAGAGAGUGUAUAAAGUCAUGGCUGAGGGAGCAGAGCACCUGUCCGACCUGCAGAGAGCAUGCCCUCCUACCUGAGGAUUUCCCCAUGUUGCCUGGACGACAUCACAGAGGACACACAUCUGCAGCAUCCUCAUCUUAAACACCCUGGAUAAUCUCUGUAUAUACAAAAACACCAGAUAAACCUGUACAAGCAUACGUGUGUCUAUAAACGCUGCAUGAAGUACAGCUGGACCAAGAUUAUAUACGAAUUUACACUUAUCAGUUCUGUGUGCCUUUUCUUCUUCCUCUUUGAGAUCAUCCUAUUGAUUUAAAUAUUGCCUAUCAUAAUGACAGUUUAGUUUUUUCUGGGUUGCAUCAUAGUCUGUUUAACUCCUACUCACUCACUGUACUGUGAUCACUGAGGACCAAUCAGUUGUUUGUAAAAGUUAUUUUAAAGGUUGCUUUAUUUUCUUUUUGUUCUUUUUUUCUUUCUCUGCAGUUGUGUUCAUUAUGCUGCUGAAGAGAAACAUUUGCCCCUUUGCCAUCUUGUUAUUUAUGUAUAUAUUUUUAAAAAACAAUAUUUUUAAAUGGUUUCAUUAAAAAUGCCAUGGAAAUGGGAUUACUUUGUUUUAUUGGUCUAGUUUUGAUUUGUUGUAUAAGCUGUAACUAAAUUUUAGAGUGUGGCAAGAAUGGCAUCUGUGUGUAAGUGUUAUUUAGACUGCUUGUUCUGUUUGUUUUUUAUUUAGCCUGCUUUAGCCUUGAAGAAAAAUGUGUAUUAAAACCUGAAAAUGA